UCUGUUAAUCAGGCUGAACUAGGAUGGCGAGACAAGAGGCGAUGAUGUCUGUUGUGUAUAGUUUUACAGUGCUAGCAUUGCUAACAGGUUUCAUAGCAGAUGGGUCGGUUGCACCAAAGCCUGAGAAACUCUUUCUGCGAAAGGACCAAGAGGUCAAGCAGCAGCAGCAGCAGCAGCAGCAGCAGCAGCAGCAGCAGCAGCAGCUCAACACAUCAGCCCUAAACACAGCCUUGGCCUUUGACCUUUACCGUGACCUGGCCACCAGAACCACUGCUGAACCUGAUGUCCAACAGCAGCAACAACACAACAUCUUAUUCUCGCCCUUGGGCCUGGCGUCAGCUCUGGGCCUGCUGUCCCAAGUCUCUGGGUCUGAAAGUCGGAGCCAGGCCCUGAAGACUCUGGGGCUGUCAGCCAACUCCACAGAGCAGAGCGCUGAAGCCACCAUAUCUGCUCUCACAGAUCUGCAGCGUAGCCUCACUCUACAAGAGGGAAGGAGUGGAGGUGGGAUUGGGGCCACGGCAGGGGUGGAACUUGAAAGAGUGAAUGCUGGAAACAGAACUGAGGGAGAUGAUGGGGCAGUGGGUGGGACUGGAAGUGAAGAUGGAGUCCGUGCUGGGGGUCAGUUAAGAGUGUGGAGCAGCCUACAUGUUGAUGGAAAACCUUCAAUAGACUAUGAUAGUUUUUUGUCCAGGCACCCAGGAGCCUCCGCCUUCAACGUCAGCUUUGAGACGCUGAAGAAAGACUUGCAGGCCUCUGACAAACUCAUACUCAACAAUUAUGUGUAUUUCAAAGGUCGUCAGCCAUUCAAUCAGCGCCACACAGUCCCACGAAGCUUCCAGCUGAAUGCCACAACCAGCGUGGAAGUCGCCAUGAUGUUCAGGGACGACUCGUCCGAGGUGAUGAUGCUGUACGACACCAACUGCUCAGCCACAGUGGUGCGGCUGGCCCAUUCAAAACGUCUGGCUUCACUGCUCCUUCUUCCUAAAGCCGAGCUGCAACCCCUCGAGGACUGCCUGUCUGACAGCCGCAUGAGCUUUUGGCUCAGAAACCUGAAGCCCGGGAGGGCAGAAAUACGUUUCCCUAAGUUCCAACUGAGGAAAUCCUACAGUUUAGAAAAGCUCCUGAGGAACUCUGGGGUAUCAUCCGUCUUCUCAGACUCAGCCGACUUCUCUGGACUGUCGUCAAAGAAGAAGCUGCAACUCAUCAAGGCUCCUCAUGUGGUUACGCUGGAGGUGGAAGAGUCCAAGUCGGUAGAUGGGGCGAGACCUGACAUCAUGCUGGACUUCUCCGUCCCCCAGAGAAUUACCUUCGACAGACCGUUCAUGCUCAUAAUGUAUGAGGAACUCACGGGGCUCGUCCUGAUCAUGGGGAGAGUUAUUGAUCCUACAGAUGUCUAGACUUGAGCAAACAUCUCUCACAAUCUCCUUUUUGUCCUCUUUUUGCUUUUGUUAUUGAUAUUAAACCGCAUUCAUUUACAUCAUGCAACAGCUUUGGUUGUUAUUUGCAGAAUGUUUUAUUUUAUGUCCAAUUUUCCAAACAUUACUGGAUGAUUUAUAGUUUAUUUCUCUAUUUUCACAAAAUGAUGACAAGACAUUUAAAUGGCAGUAAUGUAUCCUUGUGGCUGAAUCUCUGCUCUUUCUUGCAACAACAUAAAACACUUUUCUUCCAUUAC